AUGAACGGACACGCCAAUGGCCAUGCAAAUGGCUUUGCCAACGGAGGCGCAGAGAACAUCGACGUCGUCAUCAUCGGCGCCGGCAUCUCGGGCAUCAACGCUGCGUACCGAGUCCAAACAAAGCUUCCCGACUACAGCUACAAGAUAUUGGAAGCUCGCGGCGAUAUUGGCGGAACUUGGGAUCUCUUCAAAUACCCCGGAAUCCGCUCCGACUCGGAUUUCUACACCUUCGGCUUCGAAUGGAACACAUGGCAGAAGGAUCACCCUAUUGUGCCUGGCAGCGAAAUCAAGGAGUAUCUCGACCAGUCCGUAAAGAAGGCCGAUAUCCGUCGCAACAUUCGAUUUCACCACAAGGUGCUGCGCUCAGAAUGGUCGUCGGAGAAGAAGGGAUGGACGCUCGCGGUGGAGGCUGAUGGGCACACGCGAUAUAUCCAUGCUCGGUUUCUUAUCGUCGGUACCGGAUACUACGACUACAACAACCCCUUGAAAGCGAACAUUCCAGGUCUUGAUAAUUUCAAGGGCACUCUCAUCCACCCUCAGUUUUGGCCCGAGAAACUCGAUUAUACCAACAAGAAGGUUGUCAUUAUUGGUAGUGGUGCCACUGCAGUGACACUCGUCCCCAAUAUGGCCCCAACCGCCGCGAGCGUGACCAUGAUCCAGCGCAGCCCUACAUAUAUUUACUCCCUACCCAACUCGACCCGCCGAUGGUGGAGUUUCUUGAUUCCAAGCUUCCUUCAGCACAAGAUUUCUCGCCUGGCUUUCAUUUUCCUGCAACGUCUAACCUACCUACUCUGCCGCAAGUACCCACGACAAGCGAAGGCAAUUUUGAGGAUGCAUUCCCGCCGGCUAUUGAAAGGCGUGUUGCCUGUUGAUCCUCAUUUCAACCCGAAAUAUAACCCCUGGGAUCAGCGUGUCUGUAUCGCUCCCGAUGGCGAUUUUUACGACGCUCUUCGGGGAGGUAAAGCAACCGUUAAAACCGGUAUCAUCAAGAACGUCACUGAAAAUGCCGUUGAACUUGAAAAUGGAGAAGUCAUUGAAGCCGACAUCCUUGUCACGGCCACAGGUCUCCGGAUCAGCAUCGCCGGUGGCGCAGAGCUCAAAGUUGACGGAGAGAAGGUCGACAUUGGCGACAAGUUUAUGUGGAAUGGCUCCAUGAUCCAAGAUGUCCCCAACGCUACUGUCAUUCUAGGAUAUACAAAUGCCUCGUGGACACUAGGUGCCGAUGCCACCGCUCUUCUCACCGUUCGUCUAUUGAAAUAUCUAGACCGACGCAAUGCCGUCGCUGCUGUUCCUCGUGUCGCAGAUCCGUCUGCCUUGACGCCGAAGAGAUUGAUGGAUUUGAGCUCGACGUACCUUGAUGUUGCGCAGCGGCUGAUGCCCAAGGCGGCCGAUCAAUAUCCCUGGAAGCCAAGAAGUAGUUACUAUGUCGACAUCUGGCAGGCCAUGUUUGGCCGGAUUGACGAGGGCUUGGAGUCGCGUAUGUCCAUUGGGGAAAUCCUAGACCUUCCCAUCGCCCUCCUCUCACUACCCAUCGUCGGCUUCCUCGCUCUUCUCACCGGUCCGUUCCGAGCGAGGAAGCAGAAGCUGAAUCCGCAGCAAACCGUUGCACGGACACUGCUUCUUCAUGUCGGUUAUUCAAUUCUCAGGAGAGUUGUAUCCCGGUUUUCGCCGUUGCAGAUACAAUCGGUAUCACCAUCGACGACUGCUGAGUAUAAGAUCUACAUUUGGAAGAAAGGGCUUAAGGAUCAUACCGUUGACCUCGGAGGAGGCGCGAAGGGACACUGGUUGGGGAAUAAGGAAGCGAAGAAUGUUUUAAUCUGGAUCCACGGAGGUGGUUUCGCCUGCCCUGCAAAUAGAGGCUAUUUUGCCUUUUUUGGAAAGUUCCUCAGCGAGAUGCAAGCUGCAGGCAAGGAUAUUGCGAUUUUCGUAGUCGCAUACACCCUGAUCCCAGCAGGGACAUACCCGACGCAACUGCGCCAGUCAGUAAGCGCACUGCGCUACAUUCUCAAAAACACAAACCGCAAAGCCGACAAUGUUUACUUCGGCGGCGACUCUGCCGGUGGAAACCUCGUUCUCGGAGUGUUGAGCCACCUUGCACACCCGCAUCCUGAAAUUGAGGCGCUCAAGCUUGCUAAUGGAGAGGAGAUUGGCGGUGCGACGUUAUUUUCGCCUUGGACCUCGCUCGAAACUGUCUUCCCACCGCAGGAUACAGAGCCACUAGGCGAUUUGAUUCACCCUCUCUGCGCGAAGUCUUGGGCUGGAGGCUACUUGGCUGGACGGGCAAGGGAUAACUAUACCGAUGCCCGGUUGGCGCCGCUCGACUGGUGGCACAGUGUCCCUGUGAAAAAGGUCCUGGUUACCGCUGGUAACUAUGAGUUAUUGUACCCAUUCAUCGAUGAUUUCCAAGCGAAGUUGAAGGCUGGGCUUGGAGAGGAUAAAGUGGAAUACGUCGUUGGACAGGGAGAGGCUCAUGUUGCGCCUAUGUUUAAUUUGAUGCUAGGCGAUAAAGUUGAGACGGAGCAGGGAAAGAAAGCUAAGGAGUUCUUCAGGGAGUUGAUCUAA